AUGGAAACGGUGACUUAUCAAUACACAGACGAACGAUUGCCAUAUCAGCCCUCUGUUGUCACGGUGAGUGGUUUAGGUGCAUUCAAGCUGUUCUACGCCAGUGCCCCGCUCUCCCCCAUGGAACGACAUGUGGAUUCCGCACACGUCGACGAUGCAGUAUCAGCCAUACCACUUGGUCUAACACGUGUUCUCACCCCGUCUGGACUUCGGCGUGAUUUUUCGCGGCUUGUUGGUUUACGCACACAUCAGCUACGCUACACACCAUGGCCCGGUAGCCCAGCCCCAUGGAUCUAUGAGUGGGGUCGAGAUUUCAACCAUACGUCCACCUCACGCAGAUCCAUCGACACCAAUGCUCCCCAUUCGGGCCUGGAACUGUUACGGUUUAUCUGGCCCAGUGGUUAUCGUCGAAUUACUGCUUCGCCCGAACAGAAUCAGCUGAUCUAUGAUAAAACCCUGAUCCAGUGGCAUCUUUUGGGAAUGGAAGAACGUGGGUCUCAAUUGAAUCAAAUUGACUCAGCUCCGUUUGUCCAAAUGUCUGAUGUUAGUUCUGGUUAUCGGUGGAACAUGUGGCGAACCUAUCGCGGUACACUGCUAAUCUCAGCCAGAAUCGAGCAGCACAUACCCGGUGCACGAAAUGCUCAUCCGAAUUUGGGUGGAUUGCUACAUGCCCGACACGUGUACACAUACAAUCAAAAUUUGAAUUUGGUUGGCAUCCAUACCCAACUGUACACUCAGUCUAGGCAAACGGAUACCGAAGUCUUUGGUUCGAACAUGGACAGAGUAAUCCUGGACGAGCAGACCGUGGCCAAAUAUGAUUUCAUCACUGGACAAUUGCUCAGUAUACGGGAUCUGGAUAUUGUGCAUCGAGCGUCGUCUAUUUGUAUCACUUACGCCCCGAGGAGCCUGCAGUUGUGCCGGCAAUUGGACAACCAGGGUAGACUGAAGCAGGUCGUACUCUACCCGCUCUCCUCGCGACGUGAUCCGCUCUACAACCUAUCGGUCAUUUAUCGGGCCAAUUCGUUGGAAGCCGCCCAGCAGCGCGAAGAACAGCGUGGUCAAGUACCUCGUUGGAUCAAUUUCGUGCAUGGACCAGGUGGACGUCUUGAAGCCUUGGAUCGAGAGAAAGCCGGAUCCAGUCUCCGUUCGCACAGUGUACUCGUGCAUAAUAGUGAAGGUCGCCUAGCUCGGUUGCGUAUCGCUGUCUCCGAUCCACAACUACAUCAUGGCAGUCCAAUUGGACCGCCGUCAGGUGUGGAUGCAGGACCGACAAGUCGAUCGGAGGAAUUGCAAUUUGUGUACGAUGCCAGAGGCUUACUGAAACGUCGAGGCAAUUGGCAAUACACUUUUGAUGACGAUGGAUUUUUGACUGAGCGACGACUGCAAAACAACCGUAUUGUGGAUCGGUUUGCCUACAAUAGCAAAGGUUUGUUGAUUUGGGCGGAACGUAAACUGGCCACGGACUCGGACAAUUUGUCCGGUUCGACUGCCGCAAACGGGGCGGCGACCAUGUCCGGUUCCAAUUCCGGUCCUAUGAGUUCCGACAUGUUUCAUAAUUUGGAUCGAUCUCCUCUGGAAGAUGAUAUUGGAUCCAGACGUGCAUUUCGAGUCCAAUAUGUCUACGACGCACAAGAUCGCUUGGUUGUUGUCCGAGACACACUAAUUGUGCGUGAUCUAAUGCAAUAUUUCUAUGCAGAUCCCACACAUCUACAUCGGAUCACACAUGUGUUCAACCACGGUCGCCUGGUCACAUUCCGGUUGCAUUAUGACCCCGUACAAGGACACUUGUUCGCCGUGGAAGAAUUUGCUCGACUUCCAGAUUCAACCAGUGAGGCACGCUCCGGGACCACAUCGACCGGAUCAAGUGAACCACGUGAGGCCCAGAAGACUGCAGACGGUAAUCAGAAGCACAUGUACUUUGUCAUCACUAAUCACGAAGGAGCGCCAACCGCUAUGUUCUCGGAGAAUGGAAAACCCUCAUGGACUGCGGAAUACUCGGCAACUGGUAGUCGUCGUCUCAGUUUUCCAAAUCGGAACAAGUUUUUCAGUGCUUCCAUCCUCGAGGACGCCAACAUUCCAAUCGGUCAUGCUGGAUGUUUGGUGGAUGUACAUACUGGGUUCUUGUUCUGUUCCCCUACCUACCGGGCUUACGAUCCCUCGGGAGCCACAUUCGUCAGUCCCGAUUGGCGUCGUCUGGUUUCUGAUCGUCUUCCUGAGGUGUACCGGGACCCAAGUGUCUUAGACACGCAUCGAUGGGGUAACCUUGAACAACAGGAUCAUGACAUUGGACCUGCCGGUCUAUUGGCUCGUGUUUCUGAGGCCAUACAAUAUCCGUCUUGGUGGCUCAACUAUGUGGGCUUUCGUCUGGAUGGAGUACUGCCUCAACUGGACUCGGGGACCGGUCGACUGAAUAGGCCGAGCCGAGGAGGAACUAGAGCAACAGUGGCAACCAGACAACAAUGGCAACUUCCCGUCCUUCCUGUGCAAUUCAGCCUAACUGGGACUUCGAUCUCCGGUGGAGAAGGUACUUGUCCUGCCGUUCGUCUACUGAACAACAAAUUGGAAAGGCUCAGUGUGAUACAACCAAGUCAUUUAACCACUGGUGGUGUUCAAGGUACCGGAUUACCGGACUUUUUCCUUAGACCAUUGCAUUCCGGUGAUACGGGACGCGUACAGUUGUUGCCAGCUCAGACCAUGUUUGACUCUGGGGUAAUUUUGGAGUUGACUGACGAUCAACUCGUACAAGUUCGUGCCUCUGGUCGUGCGGACCUGAUCGAUCCAAGUGGCUAUAAAAAUCCGUUCGAAUCGGGAAAGCUGGCCGAUCUUCUUCUAAGUGGAACUCGACUCAUGGACUGGUGGACCGUGACAGAUACGCCUAACAGUCGUCUGUUUGUUCAAUCAUUCUCACGUCUUGGAUUUGGUGCAUCUAGUCUGGUCGACGAUUUGACCCUAUUGGGACUCCGCCUUCCAGUCUAUCACCGUCCGACGGGACAUAAUUUGACUCUUGUUCCCACUGGUGGACACAACGAGGUGUGGCUUACUCGCGGUGCUCUCCAGUGGCGCAUUCGAUUUGCAUCCAGCUGGACAGAAGCGUGGGAUCAAGUGGCUUGGGAUGCUCAGAAACGCGGUGAACAGUUGGCCUGGUAUCGUGAAGCUUUAAUGGCUCAACAACUUGACUUGAUCGAUCCGGCCCGUUAUCCCGAGUCGGCAAUGGAUCGAAUGGCUGAGAGUAGUUCGGCUACGCAUUUUCUCGGCUUGAAUUAUCUGUGGACAUUCAAACAAGCUUAUCAGUUAGCUCGUCAAGGUCAGUUAGCAGGCUACCGAUGGGUGCCCGUAGUUGGACAAUCUGCAACAACACGUGAACUGUUGACGAAUGGGACCGCUUGGACGCGACUGUAUGAGAAUCCAGACACCUACCAGUUAUUCAAACGCCUCCCCGAAUCCGUUCCUAUGGCUCGCGUAUCUUACGCCCAAUUGCAAAAGAGGCCGAACGAAGCAUCGUCUGCUCUCCCCCAUCAUUGUCAGCCUCCUGUGGCACGAGACGUGUGUGAUGGUGCAUAA